GAACGAGGCGAUAGUUUAGUUGACUUAGUUGCAUUAGUAUUUUCUGUGUGUUAUUGUCGGAAAAGUUGAAGCGGGGGUUACACGUGAUCUCCAACGGUGACGUCGAACAGUUUCAGUUAACUUCACUACGUGAUAGUCUAGACACUCUAGACAGACAACUAUUCUGACGAAUUUAUCAAUCGAAGAAACAACACAACGGUAGAUAGCGAAUACAACAACAGAAUACAUGGCAGAUACCACCCUCUACCUCUACACCUCCCUUACCGCGGGCUCCUCGCACAUCAUCACCGCCACAUCGCGCCUCGAGACAAUCCUCAAGGCCAACAAGAUCCCCUUCCAGGCCAUUGACGUUGCCACUGACGAUGCGGCGAGGAGAUUGUGGGGUCGGUAUUCUAAGGGGAGGAAGUUACCUGGUUUAGUCAAGUACAAGACUAUUAUUGGUGACCUAGAGCAAAUAGAAGAAUGGAACGAAUACGGCGAACUCAAAGCCGAGAUUGGCGCCAUCAAGGAUCCGAAUGAUUUUUCGAGUGACAGUCAGAAGAAAGAAGUCGAGGUUCCGAAACCUGCUCCAGUAGCUACGACUACGAAUAAAUCGAGCGAACCGUCCGCACCACGAGUGCAGAUCCAGAAUCCCCCCGUUAACGAGAACAAAGAAGAUCAACGCACUCUUGCACUGAGACUAGCAGGUGAAGAAGCAGCUGCAAAAGCUAAGGAUAAUGCAAGAUCAAAACUGGGAUCGAAACCGGCUACGACUGAAGCUGAUGGCAAGGCGCCUACAUCUGGCCCAGAGACCAAGGGGACGGAGUCUGCGGUUGUGUUGAGGCAGAAGGAUGAAGAAGAGAAGAAGCCUAACGAAAGUUUUACGAGCGACAACCGCGAGAAGACAACAACAAAAGAUAGCGUUUCACAUUCGACGCCAACAUCAUCCCCGGCAGGUCGUCGCUCCUCUGUUGUUCCUGAGAUAAUUCCACCAUCGCAACUCAAACGUCCGUCUCUGGCAGACGAAGUCGCCGCCGUAUCCAGCGCGAAUUUCCACGCCGAUAAUGCCGAGCUCCUAGGUCUGGUGGGCCAUCAUCGUGGUUCGAUUAUAUCUGCUACCACGGAAGACGAGCAGGAGAAAGUACGAAAGGAUAUUCGCGCGUCGAUUUCGGAGGCACCCGCUGAUGGGGAUAUUGAUGCAUUGAGAAAGACGGCGGUGGAGAGAGAGGGCGAUACUAUUUUCGAGGAUGAAGAGGAGAGCGAGGAGAAGGAAGAGAAAUCUGUUGUUCCAGCAGCAAGGGAGGAGAAGCAGGAGGAUACGAAGAAUCAAGACCCCAUGGAUGCAAGUAAAGCCGGUGUCAGUGUUGCUGACUAGACUUAUAUUCCCAGAUUUCGUCUCAUUUCGGUUAUUGCAAGUGUUUUAUGUCUCACGAUUAGCCAAGAUUUGUGAUACCACUUCUUUUGACUAUAUCCUAGCAGGGCUGCGUUUUGACCAGAUCUUUAUUAUUAUGAUUAUGAUUUUGCAUAGCAUAGAGUAGUAUCUCAAUCAAUUCAUCCAUUCAUCUAUAUACACCCGCCAUCUAGAAUCAAGAUUAAGACCUCCUCUUCUCAACAGUUUCCCUCAACUUCGCAAUAACCUCCGCCGGAUCCUUAGCCCCAAACACCGCGGAUCCAGCAACAAUGACAUUCGCACCCGCAUCAGCCGCCUGAUCAAUUGUCCCCAGACCAAGACCACCGUCAACUUCAAUGUUUAGAUCUGGGUAUCGUUGGCGCAAGGCCGUGACCUUGGGGAGUUCAGAGGCCAUGAAUUUCUGUCCGCCGAAACCGGGGUGGACUGUCAUUACCAAGACCAUCUAUCCUCAUCAGCAUACUUCCUAACAGAAGGGAAGGGGGGAACGGGGUACAUCAGGCCGUUCAAUCUCCUCCUCAUUUUCAAGUAUAUCCCAUAACACAUCAACUUUGGUAUCUGGUUUUAUGGCUAUACCGGCCUUCAUACCGGAUUCAUGUAUGUAGCGGAUUAGUUCUCGGGGUGAGGUUUGUGCGGUUGUCUUGGAGGAGUUUGCGGGAUCUUUGGCGGCGGUGGAGGAUAUGGCGGCUUCGUAGUGAAAGCAGUAGAGGUCGCAACCGGCGGAUUUGAAUUCUGAGACCCAUUUUUGGGGCUGUUCAAAUCAGUAUUUUUGUAUGUAUAUGAAUUGAGGAUGCUGGUGGUGGUGGUGAUGAUGAUGGAUGACGGGUAGGCAUGUGAAAUGAUAUCAUAGCCAGUAUGGCUGGACAAUUGAGUAUCCCAUCCCAUCUCCCAUCAAAUCCAUC